CUUGUAUAUGUACUGCCGGAGGCAGUAAACCGGCCGGAUUCAUCUGAUCACGGCAACAAUCAGUUGCAGGGCGAUUCAAGACCGACAUAAAACGAGUGACUUGGCCGCCGCUAGGUUUUCUAAUCCAACUACCUUCAUCGCUCUCUCUGUCCUGUUACGCACUACACGCAGAAUCAACGAGUCGUUUUAACCUGACCACACCAAGAAUGUCCCGUGCAGGCUCAUUCCAGAUGGCCCACCUCGCCUUGACUCUCAUAGUUCUCAUUUCAUUUCACUCGGGACUGCUUGCAGUGCCUCAAAGAUGUGAAUCCAUAUUUGCCCCCCACAGUGGUGAUGAAUAUACUUGCAUGAACCCCCGCGGGGUGCGAUUUCUAUGUGGUAUCAACAGCUGCUUAACGGAUGGCCUAAAAUGGGCUGAUGUUAUAUUCAAACAUUGCCAAAAAUAUGAACCCGAGAACACUCUAACCGAUCAUUACGAAGAUAUACACGUAGGGGAAUUCGUGACUGUUGUUUAUAAGAAAAGCCAGUUUCUUGACGCAAAGAAGCUUGGCACUAACACCUGGUUUAGAUGCACUUGGUCCAGGCGAUCGCCUUUUAACGCACACAGGCCUACCUGUGGUUCCUGUAGACCUGACCCAUGA